AAUAUCUACGCACAACGUUUGAUUCCUUAUAAGCUUGUGUUUUUAUAGACUCAGAACAGUAAAUUUCGCGCACUAGAGGUUAGAGCUCCUCUUCCAUAUCUUCAAGAAUUCAGCUUUCCAGCUACCCAUGUACUCGAAUUAGCAGAAGGUGCAAUUUAUCCAUGGCUUCAUCUCCAUUCCUCUGUUGUCACGUUUGCCCUUCCGAUAUUAGCAGAAAGACCAGCAAUUUCUUUAGAAAAAGCAGCUUCUCUUCAUUUUCAGGAAAUGGGGCUUGUACUUCUAAUCAAAAGCCUCAAUUUCGAACAACCCCAUUUGUCAGAGCUAUGCCUUCUGAUUCAAAAGCUGGGAGAAAACAGUUAGAGAUAGUUUAUGAUCCAGAUGAAAGGAUAAAUAGGUUGGCGGAUGAAGUGGAUAAGAAUACUGGACUUUCAAGGCUAAAUCUUUUUUCACCUUGCAAGAUUAAUGUUUUCCUCAGAAUAACUAGUAAAAGGGAAGAUGGGUAUCAUGAUUUGGCAUCUCUCUUUCAUGCUAUAAGUCUAGGAGACAGAAUAAAAUUCUCUCUGUCACCAUCUAAAACCAAAGAUCGUCUUUCCACCAAUGUAUCUGGGAUCCCACUUGACGAUAGAAAUUUGAUUAUUAAAGCCCUUAAUCUUUAUAGGAAAAAGACUGGUAGUGACAACUUCUUCUGGAUCCAUCUUGACAAAAGAGUGCCUACUGGGGCCGGUCUUGGCGGUGGUAGUAGUAAUGCUGCAACUGCACUAUGGGCAGCAAAUCAGUUUAGUGGUGGUCUUGCCACUGAAAAGGAACUCCAAGAAUGGUCAAGUGAAAUAGGUUCAGAUGUUCCUUUCUUUUUCUCUCAUGGAGCAGCCUAUUGUACAGGCAGAGGUGAGGUUGUUCAAGAUAUUCCACCACCAAUACCACUGGACAUACCAAUGGUUCUUAUAAAGCCACAACAAGCAUGCCCGACAGCUGAAGUUUACAAGCACCUUCGUCUGGAUCAAACUAGUAAGGUUGACCCUUUAAACUUGCUGGAGAAAAUCUCAGGGAAUGGAAUAUCACAAGAUGUUUGUAUAAAUGAUCUAGAGCCUCCUGCAUUUGAAGUCCUACCAUCUCUUAGAAAGUUGAAACAACGCAUCCUUGCUGCUGGCCGGGGACAGUAUGAUGCUGUUUUUAUGUCAGGAAGUGGAAGCACCAUAGUGGGAAUUGGUUCUCCAGAUCCCCCCCAAUUUGUAUAUGAUGAUGAUGAAUACCAAGAAGUGUUUUUAUCUGGUACUCACAACUAUGAAAGCCCAGGCCCCAGAAGCAACAAGGCAUACUUCCUCACUCGCACGAAGGGCCAGUGGUACACAGAACCCGCAUCAACAAUAAGUUCUUGCGAUUCGCCUGCUGACCUUGCUUCAACCAUUCAGUAAAUUCAUGAUUUAUAUAAGGAUAUUUCAAGUGCAUUUUAUACCCACUUGAUGGAUAAAUUUCUCAAAUGAAGACAUCUUAACUUUCUAGUACUGCAA